CAAUAAUAUCAGAAUGAUCAAUUUUAUUUUUAAGGUACUUUUCUGGGCACAAGCGUGCAAUUAAUGGUGUCUGGUUUUAUAAUACAAUAUUUUGGCUGGCCCACGAUUUUCUACAUCAACGGCACCUGUGGGACUGUUUGGUCCUUAUUUUAUAUGUAUUAUGGAUCAGACAGUCCUCAGAAAUCUAAACUUAUAACUACGGAAGAAAAGGAUUACAUUCAAUCGUCAAUACAAGUUUUUGAGGAGUCAAAGGUACUCGUUUUAAUCCAUUGUUGUAGUCUUAUCUUACUAAUAUUAUCAAUGCCAAAAAUUACGAUGUUUGGAUAUUUGUUACUCAAUCAUGCGAAAACGGCUGGACACAUCUGAAUGUAAUCUGGCAAAGG